GUAUAUCCAGAAGUUUUCUACAAAAUGAAGAUUGAGGAAGUAAAAAGUACGGUCAAAACCCAGCGCAUUGCUGCCCACAGCCACGUGAAGGGACUGGGGCUGGACGAGAAUGGUGUACCGCUCCAGAUGGCAUCCGGAUUGGUCGGACAGAAGGAUGCCCGUGAAGCUGCCGGCGUUGUGGUAGAUCUGAUUAAGUCGAAGAAAAUGUCUGGCCGUGCGUUGCUGCUCGCUGGACCACCCGGCACCGGCAAAACCGCUAUUGCGCUCGCCAUUGCACAGGAACUCGGCAACAAGGUACCGUUCUGUCCGAUGGUCGGCUCGGAAGUGUUUAGCAGUGAGAUUAAAAAGACGGAAGUAUUGAUGGAAAACUUCCGCCGCUCGAUUGGGCUGCGUAUACGCGAAACGAAGGAAGUGUACGAAGGAGAGGUGACCGAGCUGACACCGGUGGAAACGGAAAACCCGAUGGGCGGGUAUGGAAAGACGAUUAGCAACGUGGUGAUUGGGCUGAAGACGGCGAAAGGAACGAAGCAGCUAAAGCUAGAUCCUAGCAUCUAUGAAACCUUGCAGCGUGAAAAGGUCGAAGUAGGUGACGUCAUUUACAUCGAGGCCAACAGUGGGGCUGUGAAGCGGCAAGGACGCAGCGAUAAUUUUGCUACCGAGUUCGACCUGGAAACGGAAGAGUAUGUGCCGCUGCCGAAGGGUGAAGUGCACAAGAAGAAGGAGGUGGUGCAGGAUGUGACGCUGCACGAUCUGGAUGCGGCCAAUGCACGGCCCCAGGGUGGUCAGGAUGUGCUUUCGAUUGUCGGUCAAAUGAUGAAACCGAAGAAGACGGAAAUCACGGACAAGCUGCGCACGGAAAUCAACAAAGUGGUGAACAAAUACAUCGACCAGGGUAUUGCCGAGCUGGUGCCGGGUGUGCUGUUCAUCGAUGAGGUGCAUAUGCUCGAUCUGGAGUGUUUUACGUACUUGCACAAGUCACUCGAAUCGGCGAUCGCGCCGAUUGUCAUCUUUGCCACGAAUCGGGGCCGUUGUGUGAUCCGUGGCACGGAUGAUAUCGUUUCACCGCACGGCAUUCCGCUUGACUUGUUGGAUCGUUUGCUAAUCGUGCGUACGUCGCCGUACAAUAUAGGCGAGAUGGAACAAAUUAUACGGCUGCGAGCACAAACCGAGGGUCUGAAUGUGGAGGAUGCGGCCAUCCAGGCGUUAAGUGAAAUCGGUUCAAAUACGACACUCCGGUAUGCGGUGCAGCUGCUAACGCCGGCAAACCAGACGAGCAAGGUGAAUGGGCGAACGCAGAUCACCAAAGACGAUAUUAUGGAUGUACAUUCCCUGUUCUUGGAUGCGAAGCGAUCGGCCAAGUAUUUGCAGGAGGAAAACACCAAGUACAUGUUGUAA